AUGAACAAGUUUAUCAUUUAUAGUUUAGAAUUGUCUAAAAAGAUUUUAAUACUAUCACAUCCAAAAAUGUUAUUCAAGAAUCUUUCCCAACUUACCCCAGGUGCUGGUAAAAACAUCCAAAACUCUUCAUUGCUCCACGGAUCAAACCAUUCCAGUUCCUCUGGAGAAUCAACUAUUGCUCGUAGAGGAUGUUGUGGUGGUCGUCGUAACCGUUCUAAUAAUAUUGAUAUCGAUAUUGAUAUUGAUAUUAAUAUUGGUAAUGGCUACAACUGGUGUUAA